GCCUUUGAAGUUUUUAUUUGGACCUGGAGGGACUUAUUGCUAGCUCGAGAAUAUGGGAUCGAGCUCCAUGGUUUCUUUACGCGAAAAUUUUCAUUGUCGGGCCAUGUUGACGUGACAUGAGGGGUCACAUCGUGUACUUGUUUGAUGAAUGUAGGUACUAGUAGUUACAAGUCAUCAUUUGGACCGGAUUGAAGACGCCUGUGUCCUCAGCUAAAUAAUGGGUCUGGACCUUAUCGAUAACAGUAGAGAAAUGGGGUUGGUCAUUGGAAAUUUGGCUAUGAUACGGUUGAAGCUAGAAAGGGGCUGAAUUUGGAAUGACGAAGACAGGCUGAACUCGGUAUGAUGAGACGGCCGAUUUGGAGAGGAACGGAGGGCAGGUCUGUCCAUUUAAUUUAAGGUGCGAAUAGAAAUCAUGAACUUUGUUGAGGGGUCCAGUUGGUCAUGUGACAGCUGCUUCUGUGAAAGCAUCCCAUAGCUGGCCCCUCCCCUUCAAUCAUGGCCCGUCAAUCCGACUGAGUUAGCCUAAGGAUUCUACCUCCUUUAGCCCUUCGCCUACAACCCCUAGUUAUCAUCUCACCGGUAAAAUGGCGGCUACAGGAUCCGUGGAACGUGCAGGACGUUUGUAUCUGCAUCAUUAACGACUGGAUCGUGUGAUUUCCAUUUCUGACGGAGUUCUUACUCUAGAACUAUGAUAACAUGGCUAUAGUCGAACUCUCUUCGCUUGGGCCAUUGAUGACCGCAACAAAUCAGCAAAUUUAUCAUCAACUAUGCUCUCUCCUGGGAAUACGUAAGAAGGAACCUCUUUCCUCAUGGGUCCUACGGAACAAUAGUUGUGAUUGACUCGGUAUGAAGAAAUGUUUAAAUACGAACCUUAUGGAAGUCUUUUUGUGAUGGAUAUUGAAUGGAAGCUAUUAUUUCACAGGGGGCAGCAGGAUAGUUCCAAAAUAAAACACUCUUCUUUUGAGGAUGUGUGUGGUUGUAGUCCCAGUCCCUGCUGAAGAAUAGAAGUACUGUUGAGUGAGUGAAAUGUGCUGAAAGAAUCGUUCAAUUAAAUGUGCAGGGUCUCGAUAAAUUGUCGACAACUUGGCAUGAUAUACGAAUAAGACGAACUUGUCUGCAGAGUAUAGCAGCUGGGAGAGGGGCCUGAAUGUGUGGAGCACAACGUGCCAUGGACCGGAAGAAUUCGGUCGGUUGAAAUUACAUGUCGCCCGUCUUUUCAGCUUCUGUAAACCUCUGAUGAAAUUCCUUUUAACCCCUCAAAACUGUGUAAAAUUGUGUCAGUUCGUAUCCCAGUACAUGGGUUUGCCUCUCAAUGCGGGGGCCCGGAUUCUGAUCUUCACCUAGGUGACCAGUUAUUGUGAUAAUGCAGUUCUAAGAUGUCUCGUGUGCAAAUCCAGGCUUAGAACAUGGAUUUCUUGCCAACACCGCACAGAGGAGGCAAUGGAAGGUACGGUGAAAAGCGUCGGCAUCAAGUGCAUCGCAAUCAUUCUGUUUGGUUCUUGGAGCUGGACUUAAACCCCCGAGACCUAACCACGAGCCACAACUCGGAUUGCUUUCUCAUAGGGUAGAUCUCGACUAGCUGGAACCCGAGAUCUUGGAAUCCCAUGUAAUUCUUGGAUAAGCACAUUUAGCCAGUGCCUUGAGGGCGCUCGUUAAGGAACGCGGACACUUCGUUCCAUCUGGAUCCGAAACACUUCCCUAGGAACUCCAAAUUUCUCGAACAACAUUCACUGUGUUUUUCCACUGCAGCGUAGCUAAAGCCGCAUGAUCAAUGGGAACCGUAAAUUUGGUUGAUCUUCUAUCCAUAUCAAGUCUCUUCGUUCAAUUAAGACCCAUAUAAUCAUGUCGCGGGAUCCGAUUCUAACCGUAAUUUCUAGUUAUUAUCAAGACUGUGAGAGGGAAAAUUUUUUUAUAGUUUUGUCAGUAUGAUGAAAGCAUCUGGGGUCUGUUCUCGUGUAAUUUUGACACAUUUGCAGCCAGCCCUACUUAAAGGGCAAGUUCCCACAAAGCCAAGCAGCUGAAUGGUCCUCCUCACCUCAUUCAUUGCCAUUAGUCCCUUCCCUAAGGCAUUUUUUUCUUCCCUUAAUGGCCAUGGUAAACGUGAUACAGUCCUCCAACUCAGAACUUCCCUGGGUGUAUUCCUUGAACAGCACCGAGGUUGGCAACAACCGACCCCGGGAUGUGUCCUUCUCCUCAUACUUGAACCCCAGCGAGGAAACCUUCGUGCACAAGUUAGUGCAGUCUGGCCGGAGCCUCAGUUUCACUUCUGAGCCUGAGAAGGAGCAUGAGCAUCUGUAUUACUUGGGGCGUAAGGAAGAAGAUGGAGAGAUUGGAGUGUUCGAGGCGGAGAAGUACUUCAAUGGAGAGAUCGACUGCGAGAGCGACGACAGCCUGCAGAGCGCCAUGCCCUUGAAGAAGCUCAUCCACUUUGAAGACAAGAAAGAGGAAAGGGAAGGAGAACGGCUCCCGGACAUUGUUACAAAGCCUGCGAGGGCAAGGCUUCCUGCAGGAACUCCUAGCACUCGUUCUGAGUCAAGCUUGAACAGCCAGAGAGCGCUGCUGCAGAAUGUCACCAAAAACCCCGUGCAGAAGAAGGAUGGUAAGGUGAAUAGCAGCAGGAGUAUUUUGGCUGCAAUAGGCUGCAAGUGCUCUUGCUCUGAUAAAGAUUCGGUCGAUGUUGUUGAUGACGAGAAUACCGCAAAGUUCAUCACUUCACUCAAUGCGAAAUCGAACGCUGUUGGUGUAUUUCCUACCCAUAGCAAUGGUCCAACCUCUGAUGCCAAGACGAGUGAGGAGAUUCAGUCCCGCAAGGCGGGAAAGUUCGGGCACCUUGCGCCCAAGACAUUCCUUGAUCUACCGUCACUGAAGCCGGAAGACGAAGAAGUUAAGCCCAGGAAGUCCCUCGAGGUUUUCGGUUCACCUUUGUACAGAAAGAAAGGGAACGAUAAGGAGACUUACAACUUAGAGAGGAGGCUCACAAUGCUUAGUACAUGGGACGCAAACCCGAGAAAGGCAGAAUCCGACGUAGUCAACGAGACCGAGAGCGACGCAAGCUCAGACCUCUUUGAGAUCGAGAGCUUGACCGGGAAAGUUAACUCAUACCUCACAAGGCAGACCUCUGAUGCCACGUCCGAUUGCCUGACUCCAACAACUGCUCGUUACCCUCCAAGCGAGGUGAGCAUAGAGUGGAGCGUGGUCACGGCCUCAGCCGCUGAUUUCUCGGUUCUAUCUGAUUUAGAGGAGGCAAUCAGCGGGCCACUGGUAGCCACAAAAGGCAUUGCUCAGGCCAAGAAUCGGACUGAGGAUGGGCAGAGGUGGCGACCAAGGUCAGGCAUUUUGCUGGGAUGCAAGAGCCAGAAGGCUGUUCGGGUUGCUGGAGAGGCCCACAAGUUCAGCAAAGAGAAGUUUCGGUCAGAUCCAAGGAUGGGUUUGAGUCGGAAGUUGAAUUUGUCAGCUGAUCCAGUGGCGAGGUUCCAGGCAGAGGCCAGGCUCACGGGGUUUGAUCCCAAAUACCGGAAACACGCUUCACAUCUAUUGUAUGUCGGAAAUUAAGGAACGCCUUAUGCAUAACCAUAGUUCUCUCUGAAUGCCUCAAGUUGUAAGUUAUUAGAGUUCAUAUGUACCAAAUUUAUAACAAGCUUUUUGUGCAUUCAUAAUAAUACAAAGCUCAUUACCUUUCCUUCAGACCA